AUAAAGAUUUUAUUUCAGCGCACUCUUGCGUAAAGAUAUAGAAAUAUUGAAAGUUAACAUCGAAAGAGGUUUAUCGAUAGAUCGACUACGUAAGACUCACCAAUCGUGUACCUUCUUAAUUGAAAAAGUUCGAUUUCAUUGCGACAAGUGUCAACGACAAUGUCAACGUUAAAGAACAAUGAUGUUUCUGGCGAACCUCUACGAUUGACACAUAUCAAACCAUCCUUCGACGCUGAAGAACUUGCCCUAGCAUCACGCCAAGAUUUGUGGCAUAAGUUUAUUGUAUUGAAUUGUCAACCACACGGAAAAGCAGAAAUAUUAAAAGCCAUCAUAAAUGCCUGCGAACCAGAAAUUUUGUUACCUGUUAUGUAUAAAAGAGAAAAUGAAAAUAAAAGUACUUUUCUGGCUAAAUGUAAUUCUGGUGCUAUUGAAAAUCUUGUAAAGCAAUGCUUGUGUAUAAUAUUACCUGGUGGCUAUGAAAUAUAUAUUGAUAUUAUAUUAGGAUUCAUUAAUACACGAGAAUUACCAUUGAAUCCUAACAAAAUAAUAGCACAAUCGUUAUACCAAAGAUAUGAAUCAGUGAAAAAGAUACUUAAUCUAGAUGACUUUGAAAAUGACAGAUUAUUAAACUCAAUAUUUUGCCCGAUAUCUAUCCCAAAGAUAUUUCAUUUUGUUUUAAGGUGUACCAAACAAGGUGUUAUGGGCAAUAAUCGUGAAUCUAGAUUAUCCGUUCGUGAGCUAAGUUUGAAACAUAACAAUUUGACAGCCAUUAUAUUAUUUGAAAAGUUCUUUAAUUUUCAUUUAACUAAAUUAGAUUUAAGAUACAAUCAAAUAUUAGAUGUUGAAUAUUUACGUUACUUUUCUGAAUUUAAGAUAACUGAACUUUGGUUGGAUGGAAAUCCUUUAUGUACACAAUAUAAGAAUGCACAAGAAUAUAUACAGGCUGUAAAAAAUAUCUUCCAACAUUUACAAAAAUUGGAUGGAGUAAUAAUAGGUAUGGAGAAGAAAUUUAUACCAAAUAUUCAAAAUCAGUAUCUUAAAGAUGGUUCUAAAUUGCCAUUAAUAAAACAAUUUGUGAAACAUUUUUUUAUAAUGUAUGAUCAAGAAGAUAGAUCAAUUAUGAAUGGUCUCUAUGAUAAAAAUGCACUUUACUCUAUGACCUUGGGAGCUGGCACAAAUUAUGUACAUAAGCAAGUAGCUAAAGCAUUUGUUACAAAUAGAAAUUUACUCAAAUUUGUAGAUUAUGCCAAAUGUCAUGAAUUUUUAUUACGUGGUCCUGAUAAAAUAAUUUCAGUAUUGAGGCGUCAACCUCCCACAUUACAUGACAUUCGCACAUUUAGUAUAGAUUUAUUAUAUGAAAGUAAUAAUCUCUUAGCCAUAUCCGUUCAAGGGUUAUUUUCUUAUAAGGAAAUUUCUUCUCCUCCUAUGAUAUUCAAUAGAACAUUUAUUAUAGUUGGUAAAGAAGAUAACGAAUAUUGUAUAACUAAUGAUCAAUACUUUAUUGAUGGACCUUACCCCAAUAAUUUAAUACAAAUUAAUAACGAAAUGAAACACGAUAUUAAAAAUAUAUGUGUAUUUGUCCCAACUAUGUUUAGUCCAUCAGAAAAAAAUCAACUAGUUGUAUUUUUACAAGAAUUGACAUCAAUGAAUUCAACAUUUAGCUUAAAAUUUUUAGAGAAUGUUAAUUGGGAUAUAAGACGCGCAAUCAUGAAUUUUAUAAAAAUGUAUACACUGAAUGAUGUACCUCCAGAAGCUUUUGAAUAAAUUAUUUUAUAUAAA